UGAAUGCAAAACGCUCCGCAGCGGAUUUUGCCGCUCUUUUGUGGCUGCCUGUUGCUGCUUGGGGCGCUCGUGCUGAGCUGCCGCGCUGACUCUGCCGCAGCCGCGCUUCCCCAUCCUUCUGUGCGUGUCAAGGACCGAUACCCGUUCGCUGUUGGGGCCGCGGUGGACUGGUCGCCCGUGGACGCCGUGCUGGACUCGGCGCUCGCGUCACGCGUCUUCCCAGGCGCCGUCGCGGCCGUCGUCGCAGCGAAUGGCAUUGUGUACCUGCGUGCACUGGGCAACCAGACGUACGACAAUGUCCUGCCGCCGUUCGCGCCGUCGGGAUCAACGGGCUCGCCGCCCAUGCACCCGACGACCAAGUUUGAUCUGGCGUCGCUCACAAAGGUCCUUGCAAGCACCACUGCCGCCAUGACGCUGUAUCAGCGUGGCUUGCUCGACUUGGACAUGGCCGUGGCGGACCCGUCCCUGCUGACGGACGCAUUCGCCGCUCAGGGCAAGCAGACGGUCACCGUGCGCAAUCUCAUGCUGCACAACGCGGGUUUCCCGCCGGAUCCGAGCCCCGAGUACUGGGAUGUGGCAUUCGGUUGCAAGCAGACCACCCAGCCAUUUGCUGCGGAGGUCUUUGACUGCCGUGAGCAAAUCUUCCAAUCCGUCCUCAACCAGACGCUCGCCAACCCCGUCGGUCAGGUCUAUGUGUACUCGGACCUCAGCAUGAUCACCAUGAAGUUUGUGAUUGGACGCAUCGCUCGCGACCACGGGUUGGUGACGGAGCAAGACUUGCUCCCGGCGUGCGCGGCGGCAGGCGGCGAUCCGCAUGCCACCAUCAGUGGCCGGCUGCAGUGCUACUACGAGGCCUACGUCCGUCUGCAUGUCAUCGACGUGCUGCGUCUCGGCGAUACUGGAUUCCUGCCCCCGCGCGCCGACUAUGCGCGGAUUGCUCCCACCUGGAACGACACUUGGUACCGCCACAUCCAGCUGCAAGGCGUUGUUUCGGACGGCAACUCGUACGCGCUCGGCGGGAUCGCCGGACACGCUGGGCUGUUUUCGACCGCCGUUGACAUUGCCGUGUUGGUUCAUUCGCUGCUCUUUGCCGAACCCAACAAUCCCUGGAUCAACUCGACCACCGUUGCGCUCUUCACCAAAGUGUACAAUGCCACGCAGUCCCCGCGCGCCCUCGGCUGGUCGACCAACCUGGACUUGACCUGUGGAGCUCUUUCCCCGACGACCUUUACGCACACUGGAUACACCGGAACGCAGGUCUGCAACGACCCCGAGCUCGGCUUCACGACCAUCCUGCUCACCAACCGCUGCUACCCAAACGACACUGCCGAGUCCAUGACCCAAAUUGCAGCCACCCGCAAAGCCUACAGCUCGGCGGUACAGCAAGUUUGGCUAGCGUCUCGAGACGUAGAAAAUUGAAUUUGCAUUUCCACAUAGAUUCACAAGUGCAAAGAAAACACCUCUACACAUUUCCAACAACUAGCCACCAUUGCAUUUGCUGUAUGACACCGCAUCACAUCAGUCUCAGACAGUGCACAGCUUCGC